AUGUCCGACUUCGGAUCGCGAAUGAUGGACGCAUUGGACGACCAGGCCGAUGUCCGUGUGAGUCCUGCCGCCCUUGCCCUCACAGAAAAGCAGUCCCAGGGCGGAGUCAAGGUGGAUUGCGGUUGUUGCCGCCUGCUCUACACCACCACUCUACCGUGCAUAAAUACCGCCUGCACAACGCCUUGCUCUACUAUCACACUUUGUGAACUCUUCAACUCAGGUGAGUUCAUUGCGUUGUGUCAGUGCCCAGCCGUGGUGAGGGCCAACUCUUGCCGACACCUUCUUUAUCUCCUUGUCCUCAGCAGCGUCUGCGUUAUGUCUUGUGUAACCAUCUUCCUUCUCCUGGUCCCCAGUGCCGUCCUCUCUGCGACAUUCCUAGCCAUAGCGUCGUUUGGCAUUGCUCUAAAAACCUCUGAUUCCUUGGCACAGGAGUUGAUGUCGAAUUAUUUUAAGAGAUUUAGACUCAGUGACAGUGAAUUAAGAGGUCUUGCCAAAUUCGCCGCUGAAAAUGAUCACACUGCUGCAGCUUUCAUCGUGGUUGGACUCGUCAUGACAGCUGUCUGUCUCAUUGGUUGCAUUCCUGCCUUGUUUAAACGAAAGAUACUACUGAACAUAUACACCAAUGUUCUGCUUGUCCUACUCUUCGUGGAAGCCAUUGUUAUGGCAGUGUACUUGGCCAAUCCUGACAAGCUUGACGCUCCGUUUCUCGGUACAAUUGCAAAGCUGCUUGAGGAAUACAAAGGCAGGAAUGGGGAUAACUCAACGGCAAAUGUUGUCUGGAAUGCAAUAAUGGAGUCGGGAGGGCGAUGUCUUUGCCCGAAGAAUGUAAUGGAGGAAAUGGGACAGGAUGCAGGGACAAGCUUGUUGCAUGCAGUGAAGGCUAUUCGAACAACAGGAGGCGAGGCAAAACUGAUGGGCAUCCUUUUGUCCACCUUUCAGAGUACUGUCAUUCCAUUGCCGAUCAUUUACGCCUUUCUCUCGUUUCUGGACGAAGUGAACGAUUGA